AUUUUGACACGAAUAAUCUGAUUGAAAAAUCAAGGAGGGGAAUGCAGGGCCCGGUGGGGAGAGGGAGAACAGCCAAGGGUGAAGUAGACAGACAGAGGGAUCAGCCCUUGGUAGAUAACAGGAGACACACAAGCCAGCUUAAGGGAGCCCUGAACCAUCACACUCCUCCCUGGGAGACAACUUUCAAGGCUAAACUUCUACAACCGCCCUUCAAACAGACCCUCCUUUUUUUGGAUCUCUGAUCCGGGGGUGAACGGAAGAUGCCGCGCUCAUUCUUAGUGAAAAAUAGGAAGGUGCACUCCUACCAUCACCGUGCAGUGGAGGACAGCAUCCUGGUGCCAAGGUUGGAUACAGGGACCUCAGCGUCCUUCUCCGACGCUAUUUCUGAUGACAGCAUCCCGGAAAGCAGCAAGGCCUUCCGGGCAGAUAGUCCACCAUCCUGUUCUCCAGAAGAAGAACUGCAUCUCCAGAAGGACGAGGAAGAACAUUUCCCUGUUCAGAGAAUAACACUGGGAGCACCAAAUCCAGAGGUGUCCAUCCCAGCUUUCAAACCUCAAGAGGAGAACGCUUCCGCUUUCUACAGCCCCAGUUUCGCCUGGAGUGCCUUCCGCCCUCCGCUUGGCUACCGAUCAAUGACUUCCACCAUGCUGGAGCGCUCCAUUCAUCUGUAUGGCACCCCGAUCCUCCCCGCGUCCGACCUACCUCUCGAUUACAGCAUGCCGUUCUCGCCCGAAUUGGAGACCUACCACUGUGUCAUAUGCAACAAAAUAUUCUCUACCCCGCAUGGGCUGGAGGUCCACGUUCGAAGAUCCCACAGCGGCACCCGGCCUUUUGCAUGCAGCGUUUGUGGGAAAACGUUCGGGCACGCGGUCUCUUUGGAGCAGCACACCAACAUCCACUCCCAGGAGAAAAGCUUCGAGUGCAAAAUGUGUGGGAAGACCUUCAAACGUUCCUCCACCUUGUCUACCCACCUGCUGAUCCACUCCGACACUCGUCCGUAUCCCUGCCAAUACUGCGGGAAACGUUUUCACCAGAAGUCGGACAUGAAGAAACACACCUACAUUCACACAGGUGAGCGGGGAGAAGCUGGACUGCACCAGUUUUGA